AUGCGAUUCACCGCGAAAUGGGUACCCGUAGCGACUGCAUGGGCUAGCACUAUUCCAGCCCAAGUGGUCGCGUCCAUUGAAAAUCCAAGCCUACUGCCGACCCCGCCUAUGGGAUUUAAUAACUGGGCCCGAUUCAUGUGCGACCUCAAUGAGACACUGUUCGUUGACACUGCAGAUGCAAUGGCUUCCACCGGUCUAUUAGAAGCAGGCUAUAACCGUAUCAAUCUGGACGACUGCUGGAUGAACUAUGAUCGCGCGGACAAUGGGUCACUCGAAUGGAACAUCACUAAGUUCCCACGCGGUCUUCCCUGGCUCGGGCAAUACGUCAAAUCUAAAGGCUUCAACUUUGGCAUCUACGAGGAUUCAGGGAACCUGACCUGUGGGGGCUAUCCUGGAUCCGAGGGCUACGAGGAAAUUGACGCCGAAACAUUCGCGGAUGGGGCAUCGACUAUCUGA